AAAUGCAAUUUCGAGUCGAUUGAUAUUAUAAAUUCAUAUAUGAUGUCAUGGCUAUGAACUGUCAAUACUGUCAUUAGUUUAAUGACAUAGUGUUGUUAAAACUGCAUAUAUCAACUGUAUAGAACAACUUUCGGGAUUCUUAAAUAAACUGGUCGCCCCACCGAGACGUUUCGCAGUAGGAAGGAAAGUGAUCGGCGAACAGUCUGUUGAGGCUUGCGUCAUAAAAUUAUGAUGAAGAUUAUUCAACGUAUUUUCAAAGACAUCCAAUUGCACCGACUAUUUCUGGAUCUGUCUCUUUUGUCGGUAAAGAUAAGUCUGGCGAUGAUAAUUGCGACUUUCAGAAUGAUUGUACCAUGUUCCAUGAAACGUUUACUAGGAGAAACCGUUCUCAUUACUGGAGCUGGUCAUGGAAUUGGCCGCGAAUUAGCCAUCCAAUUGUCCUCGAUGGGUUGUAUAAUUGUUUGUUGGGACAGUGAUAUUGAUAACAAUCGAUUGACAAUGAGAGAAGUGUCAAAAAAUGGUGGUGAGGUUUACGGUUUUGUGGUCGAUGUCUCAAAGAGAUUGGAAGUGCGCGAUACAGUAAGACUGAUGAGAAAAGUCGGUGUGCCGGAUGUGACGAUACUCAUUAACAAUGCGGCUGUGUUGUAUCAUAAGCCAUAUCUGACUUUUGAUUCGGAUGACGUGGAAAAGACAUUUAACGUUAACGUGCUUUCGAAUUUCUGGACAAUUGAAGCAUUUUUGCCUAUGAUGUUGUUGAAAGGGAGCGGUCACAUAGUAGCGAUAAAUAGCAUGUGUGGCAUUUAUGGAGUGUCGCAAAAAGUGGCGUAUUGUUCAUCAAAAUUUGCUAUGAGAGGUCUUAUGGAGGCACUUCACGAGGAAAUACGAUUAAAUGAAAGAAAACCCAAUAUCCAUUUCACAACGAUAUAUCCGUUCUACGUUGACACAGGGUUAGCGAAGGAUCCCAAAUACAGAUUUCCUUAUAUCUUCGGCGUCGUGACACCGGAAUAUGCCGCUCGUGAAAUAAUUAAAGCAAUUCGAAAGAACUAUACGGAAUAUUCAAUACCGCGAUGUCUCUUUUCUUUGAAUGCAAUCAACAGGAUUGUUCCGGAGAGCGUAAUGCGUUUGAUACUAGACUUUUUAGCGGAUGUCGAUCGAAAACAGAAAGAAAGAGACGCAAUGAAUUCGAAAUUAGAUUUGAUAAAAGCUUAGAAAUUAAACGAAAAAGGUGCUUAUAUAUUUUUUUUUAUUAGAUAUGAAUAUUUUACGUAAUGAAUGAAACGAAGUUUGUAGUGUAUUAUAAUCUAUUUAUGUUGUUUCUAGUAUAUAUACAUAAUAAGCUACCUACGUUCGUAGUAUAUAAUAAUCUAUCAUUAGAUUAAUAAACGCAUUUCCGUACAU